GAGAGAAGGAGGAAGAGAGUGAGGUCGAGGUAGAGAGGGAAAGAGAGAAAAAAACGAAAUGGUUCGUCGGAAUGAUUCCGAAAGUAACCUCGCACGCGUUUGCCCUUCCGUUUGCUUGUGUUCAUUGGUCGAUGAUCGUUCGCGAGGCUUCGCGCUUUUCUCUCGCGUCGAUUCAGUCUCAGUGCCGAGCACGACGCGAUCGGUACCGCAUAGGAGAAAGACUCUUUCGGACGUCUUCGUCUAAAAGGGAGAGAGAAAGAGAGAGAAAGAGAGAGAGAGAGAGAGAGAGAGGGAGAGGGAGAGAAAGGGAGAGAAAGGGAGUAGAUCGAAAAUGUGCUGAUUUAUUAUACCAGUGAGCGAGUUUUCUAUCAACGUACAAGUUUCACAAUUUUUAAUAGACGUACAUAUAUAUAUAUAUGUAUAUGUAUAUGUAUAUAUAUAUGUAUAUGUAUAUGCAUAUGUAUAUGUGUGUGUAGUGUAUAUAUAUAUUUUUUCUCUUUCGUUAAGAAAACAAAAUAAAAAGAUAAAAGAAAAGAAAGAACAAGAAAACAAACAUCGGCCAACUCGAUGAUGAAAUUACUGGCAGGUGUGGAGAAGGUGAGCGACCCAAUCGAGGACGAAUUGCCUAAAGAAAAGCCACACAAUAAUAAUGAAGUUGAUACGAUACAAGAUCAUCUUCAAGGUCUGAUCAGGAAGUGCGAUCAUGUUCCGGCGGAUUCUUCGAUCAAGGCUGACAUAUCAUUGAACAAUAAUGAAGGAAAAUUGAGACGAUUGUUAGCAUUUAAAGAUGCACCCGAAUACCUUCAGCAUAAUCCUUAUAUACUUCAUGGAUAUCGGGGAUACUUAACUACAAAAUUAUGUGUGGAAAGUAUAUUCUGGUGGACGAACGAGACGAUCAACAUAUGGAGUCACAUCUUCGGAUGGAUGUUGUUCUUCGGUUUGACCUUAUACGAUCUUUGCUUGUUAAAUAUACACGCGCCAUUCGGUGACAAAGUGAUAGUAGCUCUAUUAUUGAUCUGUUUUCAGGUAUGCAUGAUCUUAUCGUCAGUCUAUCAUACAUUCUCCUGUCGAAGCGAGAAGGAUUAUUGGUGUUUUCUGUCUUUCGAUCUCUUCGGCAUAGCACUCAGCCUGCUAUCGAUUUACAUGUCCGGCGUUUACUAUGCCUUUUGGUGUCACAAGGAUCUACAAAAAUUUUAUUUGGUGACAGUCCUAGUUAUAUUUCUCUUCGCAAUGAUACUACAGAUACCGAAAUUGAAUGUUAACGGGAAUGUGAAGCUGAUUGUGUUCGUAGCUUGGGCAGUUUAUGGAGUAUUGCCAACGCUGCAUUGGAGUAUAGCAAUGGGUGGUAUGGACAAUCCGAUCGUUAGAUUGUUACUACCAAGGGUACUUGGGAUGUACACCAUUAGUGGUCUAGCAUUUGCUAUAUAUUUGACAAAGAUACCUGAACGUUUUUUACCUGGCUGGGUCGAUUACGUUGGUUCGUCCCAUCAAUGGUGGCACGCGCUGGUCGUGUUAGCACUUUAUUAUUGGCACAAUACCGGCAUGCUCUAUGUCGAAUAUAGGAUGAACCACGGGUGUCCGGCUAAUAUGAGAUUAUGACAUACGGAUAACGACGAUCCGUCUGUACCGCGCUUCAGUAUGGAGUGUGCUUGCGCGAUGGAGAUGAACUUCGCUUGGCUGGCUUUGCAAAAGCAAUUGUCCUCAUACAAUUUUGACGAGGGUAUCGCGAGUGUCUGCUUCCUGGAGAACCCAUUCAAGAUCUACAUGAAAGAAUAGAGAAGAAAGAAAGAGCUGGAAGAAGACGCGAUGGAGAAUGGUGACGGGUGGGAGAGAGAAAGACGAUAAAGGAAAAGGGAAGCAGAGAGGGAAGGGGGGUAGGGGAGGGAUAGGAAGAGGGAUGGGUGAGAAAGAAAAAGGAAAUAAAAUCAUUUUCCGGAUAUUGAGGACGACGUCGCGAGAAGAGAAUUUUUCUCACACAAAAUACAUGAUUCAGAGAUAUAUUGAUACAUAGUUA